AUGCUUGCAAAAAUUGGUUUUCACCGAACAAAUUCACUUCGAAAACUGUUCCCUGAAUCAGCUGUUCUUAUCGUAUUAGGCCUUAUAGCAGGUUAUCUUAUUUAUCAAGUAUGGAACAUCGAUUUAUAUUUGCACCCAGAUUUAUUCUUUCUUUACUUACUACCUCCAAUAGUACUAGAUGCUGGCUUUUCGAUGCCCAGUAAAGCAUUUUUCUCCAAUGUUUCAACUAUUGUGUUAUAUGCAGUCGUCGGAACAUGCAUGAACAUCUUUUUAAUUGGUGCUUUCAUAUUCGCAAUGACACCAUUUUAUAAUUUCGAGUUGAAUUAUGUUGAUGUACUUCUUUACUCGACUUUAAUAUCAGCCGUAGAUCCAGUUGCAGUACUUUCAGUUUUUGAGGAGAUUCAUGUGAACAAAAUUUUAUACAUAUGCGUGUUUGGAGAAUCUCUUCUUAACGAUGCAGUCACAAUUGUUCUUUACAACUCAUUUCAUUCAAUGGUAAAAAUCGGACAAGCUCAUCUUAUUUAUCAAGAUUUCAUGGAAUCUUUAUAUAAUUUUCUGCUUGUUUCUGGUGGUGGAGUUCUCAUUGGCAUUGUGUUCACAUGCCUCACAUCGGUAUCGGCGAAAUGGAGUUCUGAAACUCCAAUUAUGCAACCUCUUUUAUGUUUGGUUCUUCCAUACAUGGCUUAUCUUUUAUCGGAAUUUGUUCAUGUUUCCGGAAUUUUGGCGCUGAUUACAUGUGGUUUGCUGAUGAAACCGUAUGUUACGGGAAGUAUGACAGACCAAGCAAAUAUUACUGUAAAAUAUUUCCAGAAAACACUUUCUCAUGGAUGUGAAGCGAUCAUUUUUGUUUUCUUGGGAUUCUCAACGUUUUCGAAGAAGCACGAAUGGGAUUUGGCAUUUACAUUAACAACCGUUGCAGCUUGUCUAAUCUGCAGAUUCAUUGUGGUGUUUUCAUUAACAUACUUUGCCAAUUUAAACCGACUGAACAAAAUUAGUUUGCGAGAUCAAAUAAUUAUGGCGUUUGGUGGAUUGCGUGGCGCAAUUUGUUUUGGAUUAGUUCUAACAUUAGACAAUGAUGCAAUUUACUCAAAGCCUAUUUUGAUUUCUACUACGCUUGUUGUUAUAUCUGUUACGGUAUUUAUUCAGGGAACAUUGAUUAAGCCAUUGGUUUUAUUCUUGGAUGUAAAAACAAAUUCGGAAUAUCACAAAACAAUUAUUGAAAGUGUCGUAUCUGAUUCGACCGAUGAAAUAAUGAGAGGUGUCGAAUCAAUAAUUGGAAGCAAAGGCACAUAUUUUUGGAAAAACUAUGCGGCCGAUUUAAAUCGUCGAUACGUGCAGCCAGUAUUGACUCGACAUAGUGCAACUCGAGGAACAAAACUUAUCGAAAAGUACACAUUGAUGUCAACGGAAGAACAAAAAACCAGACUAUUGAGAGAAUUCAGAGUUAUUUAA